GGUGGAGGCGGCAGCAUGGCGCAGCCUUCUCCGUUCGGCGGGCGCUUCCCGCCGCCCUUCCGGGCCUUCCCGCCGCCCGUGGGGCCCUUCCCGCCGCCCGCCGCGGCCUUCCCCGGCCCCGCCGCCCGACCGGGGCCCUUCCUGCUGCCACCGCUGCCGCCGCCGGCCGGGCCCGAGGGCGAAGCGAGGCCGCGCUUCCCUCCGGCCGGCAGCCAGUUCUUCCCGGCGGCGCCGCCGUUCCCGCCGCGGCCGGUGGGUGAGGAGGAGGCGGCGCAGCGGCAGCAGGACGAACUAUGGCUGUCGCAGUUCCUGGGCCGGCGCCAGGCCGCUCCCCCGCCGCCGCCCGCGGCCGCCAGCCCCAGCAGCGCCCGGGAGCUGGCGGUGGCGGCGCUGGGCCGGGUGGCGCGGCUGGCCGCGCUCUGCAGGGCCCUGCGGCAGCGGGAGGCCGAGGCCGACGAGGCGGGCUGGGCCCAGGUGCGGGAGGAGGCGGAGGCGGCGCGGCAGGAGCUGCGGGAGGUCGUGCGGCCCCUGAGGGAGCCCGGGUACCGGGAGGCGCUGCGGAGGAAGGUUGAGAGGGCGAGGAAGAGGAGGCAGCGGCUGCAGCGGAGGAAGCAGGAGGCCAGGGCGGCCAAGGAGGAGGAGAAGGCCCGGGCCGCAGAGCGGGAGGCCAAGAUCGACCAGUGGAGAGCCAAGUGCAUCCAGGAGGUGGAGGAGAAGAACCGGGAGCGAGAGCUUAAGGCUGCUGCAGACAGUGUCUUAUCUGAAGUACGGAAGAAACAAGCAGACACCAAGAGGAUGGUGGACAUCCUGCGCGCAUUGGAGAAGCUUCGGAAACUGAGGAAAGAGGCUGCUGCCAGGAAAGGUGUCUGUCCGCCCCCCUCGGCAGAUGAAGCCUUUGAAACUCAGGUGGAGAGUCUCAAAACGUUGCUCAAGAAUCGCACAGAGCUGUAUGAAGCUGAGGAGAGAGCAUUGAGAGUUAUGCUGGAGGGAGAACAGGAAGAGGAAAGGAAGAGAGAGAUGGAAAAGAAACAGAAGAAGGAAAGAGAAAAAUUACUACAGCAGAAACUCGAAAUGGAUUCCAAGCUGUUUGGGGAUCCAGCUGAAUUUCCUCUAGCCCAUCUACUGCAGCCCUUCCGAGACUAUUACUUACAAGCUGAGCAUUCUGUAGCAGCUCUAAUCCAGAUCAGGCAUGAAUGGGAUCAGUACUUGGUGCCAGCUGAUCACCCUGAAGGAAGCAGCAUCCCUCCAGGAUGGGUUCUUCCGAGCCUCCCCACAAAUGACACUUGGGCCACCGCUGUUCGAUGACUCAGUAAUAGAUGAUAUUGGAGGAAUGUUCCAUUGUCAUGGCACGUGCAGAGAUGAGAGGGUCUGAAGAGGACGUGUCUCAUCCUCUGUUUCAGUAGCUGGGUUCUGGAAUGUCUUAAAGAAUAGGAACUGGUUUUGCCACCUGACUCUGCUGGGAAAUACCUGAGCAAGGCCAAAGCUGCUGGGCCUCUCGUGGUGUGGAAUUACAAUCCUGCUGCCAGUUUUUGCUAACGAAUCUCAAUAAAGAAACAUUGCUGACAGGAGUAUUUGUGCCAGUAUUAACAUCCUAUUUUUAGUGGCUUUUAUCUUUACAAGCCUAAGUCCAGAUGAUGGAAUCUCCAGAAAUAAAGACUUCAGGGGAAAAAAGAAAUCAUUAGAAAACAUGUUUUUCUUCUUAAAUAAAGCCUGUCAAGCUUCGCUGUCAAAACAGUUCCUGUAUUUUUGUGUGUAGAAACCAACCCAUUACAAGCUUAAACAAAUGGUGAAGUACAAACAAGACAGGGCUUUUGAAGGUUGAUUAAAGCAGUUGUUGACAUUUUACUUUUGUGGACUAAAACUGGUACCACAGCAUGGAAAGAAUUCCUAGUCAUGGUGAAAUAGGUCAGAGAGCCAUGUGAAUAUAGAUGAAUUCAGUGAACAAGCCUCCUGGAGAGCAAACAGUGAAAUCUGGAGUCUAGCUCACAGUAAUUGGUUUUGCCUAUAUGGCUAUUCUUGUAUAGGGACAGCUCAUGUGUAUAAUAUUUGAUUUAAAAGUGCAGCUCUAUUUUGUAAGUUGGGUUUUGUACAGAAUAAAUAGAGGAAAAUGGAAUUUA